CUGGCGUUGGAUCGUCUGGCUCGACAGCGGGCAUCGGGUCACCAGGCAUGACAGCGGGCACUGGGUCACCAGGCAUCAGGUCAUUUGGCUCGCCAGCGGGCACCGCGUCAUCUGGCAAGGCAGUGGGCACCGAGUCACCAGGCCCGACAGUGGGCUCCGAGUCAACUGCCAUGACCGCGGGCACUGGGUCAGACAUUGGAUCGUCUGGCCCGACAGCGGGCAUCGGGUCACCAGGCAUGAUAGCGGGCACUGGGUCAUCAGGCAUGGGAUUGUCUGGCUCGACAGCGGGCAUCGGGUCACCAGGCAUCAGGUCAUUUGGCUCGCCAGCGGGCACCGCGUCAUCUGGCAUGAUAGGAUCAUCAGGCUGGAUCAGUGCAUCAGGCUGGGUACAGGCAUCAGGCUGGGUACAGGCAUCAGGCUGGGUACAGGCAUCAGGCUGGGUACAGGCAUCAGGCUGAAGUGCGGGUGCCGAGGCACCAGGC